AUGCCAAACAGGGACUCCACACCCCACGAAAGCCCCCCCGACGAUCAUGCGACGCCCGAUCAGUCAGAUCUCAAUCGCGAUUCCAGCUUCGAUGGCACCGAUCGCGUUUAUCCGAUUCGAUCGGUCAUCUCGGCCGAUCCCUCGAUCUCUGUUCCAAGUUCCGAUCCACAGACUCCGACGGUUCCUCUCUCGCCUACAAGGGAAGGUGCACGGGAAUACUCCAUUAUUGAUGCGGAAACCUGGAAUCGAAUGCGGUCCAAUUCCAAGCCGGAGGGUCGGCCCAUCAGUGAUUUAGACAAAGCCUCACAACCGUCACCAGGAGGGUCUCCAAAACCAUACUCCCCCAAGUCAAAUGAUGGACGUUUGCGAAGCUCCAGCUUUGCUCAGAAGGACUCUGGUGGAAAUCAUAUGUCGGGGCAACAACCAACGGGAGGGGAUGAAUCGCGAGAUCUGGUCACCACGCGUUUCCAGCACAUAGUCACGGAUGGUGGUCACGCCGUGAUCACUGGCAGAGAUCGAAAUGGAUUCAAAUCAUGCGAAGAUGAGCCGAUUCGCAUCCCCGGAGCAGUGCAGAGCUUCGGGGCCCUUGUCGCGUUUCGCGAGGAAUCAGAUGGUAAAUUGGUUGUUAGGGUGGUUAGCGAGAAUUCUACGGCCAUUAUUGGUUAUUCCCCGAAGGACCUCUUCGCCCUGGACAGCUUCUGUGAUAUUCUCAAGGAUGAUCAAGCGGAUACUCUUCUGGAUCACGUCGACUUCAUCCGGGAUGAUGCCGACCCUGGUGUAGACGGCCCCGAGGUGUUCAUCUUAUCUGUCAAACCGCCCAAGGGAUCGUCUCGGAAGUUCUGGUGCGCCAUCCACUCCGUACCAGGCGAUAGCGAUAUGAUCGUUUGCGAAUUCGAGCCCGAGGACGACCGGGUAAACCCCUUGAACGUGUCUGGGCAGACAACGCCAACGGCGCCCGCCGAUACCCUUGGGAUCCAGCCUACGCCAGAACAGAUGGCCGGCAGCACAAUAAAUAUCAGCCAACCACUGCGGGUGCUGCGUAAUGCGCGCAGAAGAAGAGGAGAAGCCGCGGCUAUGGAGGUUUUCAGUAUCUUAACUCAAAUCCAAGAUCAAAUGGCACGGGCUGAAACGCUGGAUUCGCUACUCAACAUAACGGCUGGACUGGUCAAAGAACUGACUGGAUUCCAUCGCGUUCUGAUUUAUCAAUUUGAUACCAAUUGGAACGGAAUGGUCGUGGCUGAGCUGCUUGACCCCAGAACUACCAAAGAUGUGUACAAGGGCCUUCACUUCCCUGCCUCGGAUAUUCCGAAACAAGCCCGUGACCUCUAUCGCAUUAACAAAGUUCGCCUUUUGUAUGAUCGUGAUCAGGUCACAUCGCGACUGGUCUGCCGGACUGUGGAAGAUUUGGAGACUCCUCUCGACAUGACACAUGCCUAUCUGCGGGCCAUGUCCCCAAUCCAUGUCAAGUACCUAGCCAACAUGGCAGUGCGGGCAUCAAUGUCCAUCAGCAUAAACGGUUUCAACGAACUAUGGGGUCUCAUCUCCUGCCACUCCUAUGGGCAAGCUGGGAUGAGAGUCUCCUUCCCUAUUCGAAAAAUGUGUCGUCUAAUCGGCGAUACUGUGUCGCGAAACAUUGAACGUCUUUCAUAUGCAUCCCGUCUUCAGGCUCGCAAGUUGAUCAACACCGUUCCCACAGACGCCAACCCAUCCGGUUACAUCAUCGCCUCAUCAGACGACCUACUGAAGCUGUUUGAUGCAGAUUAUGGGGCGUUGUCAAUCCGGGACGAGACCAAGAUUCUGGGAAAGCCGAUUCAUUCCCAGGAGGUCCUUGCGCUCGUGGAAUACUUACGAAUGCGUGAGAUCAACUCAGUCCUUGCCUCGCACAACGUGGCCAAAGACUUCCCGGAUUUGCGAUAUCCGCCUGGUUUUAAAUCUAUAUCAGGGAUACUCUAUGUGCCCUUGUCCGCGGGCGGAACGGAUUUCAUCGUUUUUUUUCGUCGAGGCCAACUGACCGAGAUCAAGUGGGCUGGCAAUCCCUACGAAAAGAAAUUCACCCAGGGAAAUCUGGAACCUCGCAGAAGCUUUGAGACCUGGCGAGAGACGGUUCUCGACCAGUCUCGUGAAUGGACCGAAUCGGAUGUUGAAACGGCUGCCGUCUUGUGCCUGGUGUAUGGCAAAUUCAUCAAGGUGUGGCGACAGAAGGAAGCUGCCAUGCAGAGUUCGCAACUGACGAAACUUCUUCUCGCCAACUCCGCCCACGAGGUACGAACACCGUUGAAUGCCAUCGUGAAUUACCUAGAGAUUGCUCUGGAGGGCGCUCUUGACAAUGAAACCCGCGACAAUCUCACCAAGUCCUAUUCCGCAUCCAAGUCUCUGAUCUACGUAAUCAACGAUCUUCUCGAUCUCACCAAUGCCGAAAAGGGCCAAAACCUCAUCAAGGAUGAGUGUUUCGACCUACCAGUCACCUUCAAAGAAGCAACUGAUAUGUUUGAAGGUGAAGCCAAACGGAAGAACGUCGAUUUUACUGCUGAGAUUCACCCAGGGGUUCCUAACACGGUGAUUGGUGACCAGCGGCGAGUUCGUCAGGUGAUUUCUAAUCUGAUUUCAAAUGCCAUUCAACAUACGUCUACCGGAAAGAUUGCUGUUCAGAUGUGGCGUUCUCCUAUUCAACCGGAUUCGGAAAAUGUCGAGAUACAGAUUACUGUUCUAGACACAGGCUCCGGUAUGUCCCAGGGUACACUUGAGGCUUUGUUCCAAGGUCUCGAGCAAGUAUCUACCGAAGAUGAAAGCCACAAUUUUGUUGAUCCGGAGGAUCAAAGCUCUCUACCUGCGCUCACGGAUGGACAAGAGAGACAGGUGCUGGGCUUGGGAUUGGCGUUGGUGGCCCGGAUUGUUCGCAAUAUGCAUGGGCAACUCAGCGUGCGGUCAGAGGAAGGCAAAGGUAGCCGCUUUAAAAUUUCCCUCCGGUUUCCUGUGCCAGACAAUGUGGGACCUCUGGAAUCAGAAGAGUCCCGCCCUGUGGACUUGAACACCGGGCCUGUAAAUCCACUCCCAAAGCAGAGCGAGUUCAUGCUUGUUGAUGGAAAUCAGAAGCGGCGAUCUCAUGAUGGACGACGGCAAAGCAACGAAAGCAAUCGCAGCGGAAAUAGCUUCAACAGCUCACGCAGCGGCAGGAGCGAAGCUGAUCGCCUUAUUAGUGCCAUGCAGGAAGGCCCACUGAUCACUCGCAGUACUAGUGAAGGUUCUGAUAUCAGAAGACUGAACCAAGGCAGUCCGAACAGUACUGCAAGUGACAAGCCAUCAAAGUCAAGCAUUUUCUCAACACUAGCGAGAACUCAGAGCACCCUUUCACAACAUGGCACCCAAGGGUUUGCUGCGAGUCAACCAAUACGCUCAUCGGUGCCUCUUAUGUCUCCUGCGGCACCGGGCCAGGCGCCCGUUACUGAUUCUGGAGUACCAGUCAGUGCCGUGCGGAUACCCGAGCAGGCCGUGGAGCGGCCAACCUCACCCACCAGGCAAGCUGUGGAAAAUCAAGCCAGCCCCCCGGUAUUGCCGCCUUCCUCACAGCAAUUGCCCAAUGAAGAGUCCCAACCCUCACCUCCGGGGACUUCAUCGAAAAUUUCAGACACACUCCGCGUUCUAGUUGCCGAGGAUGAUCCGAUCAACGGUAAAAUCGUGCAGAAGCGGCUUGGGAAACUCGGCCACAGCGUUUGCUUGACUAAAAACGGCGAGGAGUGUGCGGGGGCGUAUCGAGCGGACUGCAACAGCUACGACGUCGUGUUGAUGGACAUACAGAUGCCUAUCGUUGAUGGGAUGGGCUCUACCAAAAUGAUACGCGAUUUCGAGCAGGAGUUACCUGAUGGUAGUUUGUCGGAGAUCGCGAAGAUGCAUGGUCGAGUACCUAUUUUUGCAGUUUCUGCAUCUUUGUUCGAAAAGGAUGCCCAAAAGUACAUUGAUACCGGUUUCGAUGGGUGGAUUAUGAAGCCAAUCGAUUUCAAUAGACUAAAUGUGCUCCUUGACGGGCUUCAGCUUGAAGAUGUCAGACGCAGCACGAACUACCAAGCAGGCAGCUGGGAAAAGGGUGGCUGGUUUGUACGAGAAAAAGCCUAG